AACAGUUUUUGACUGUAAAAUGACCAAGUUUCCAUGCAAUUUUAGUACUUUUGUAAAGCAAUAAAAAUAUCACAAAUUGAAAACUUCAAUCAAAAUUCGUACUUUUCACUCAUUGUUUGACUUUUUAAGCACAAUUGUUUCAAGCACAAGCUUUAUCAUAAUUGACAAUCGAGAUAAAAUUGUGAAAAAGAUUGAAAUAAUAGUUGGGAUUGAAACUUCCAAAAAUGAGUGUGGAUGCCCCGUGGUAUAACGAGCAUUUUGGUCACUAUAGACCCAGAAAUGUGAUGAAAGAUGUUGCUUUCAGACAGUUCUACAAACCAACUGCGAUGGAGCUCAAGAACGGCAACACUUGGAGAAAAAUCGGUGACUUCUGGAGUGCGGAGUUCCUCACUCUCUACUCGAAUGGCAUGCUGGCCUUCUUCAAUGAGCCCUAUGGCACCUGCAAUGGCAUGAUCAACACUAGAGGCAAUGUGCUUGACAUACACCAUGCAGAUUCAAUUCCAGUGCCAAAGCGCAGACUUCCCCUGAUGCCUGAGUGGGCCACAAGAGACCAUCUGGUGCUCAUCAGGGGACACAAGCAGAACUUCUACUUUGUCUUCCAAACUGUCAUUGACGCCAAAACAUGGGUCUCAGCAAUCAAUAACACACGUGCACUCAUCCCCGGAAUGUACGACCAGCAACCCCCUCUCCCAGGGUUCUACCCGUUCGGAGACUACGUUCCCCCAGGAUACCCCAAGUUAAACCAACGACUACCCGACAACCACAACAACUACAUGUUUCCUGAACCACCGAAACCCAACGUCGCCAGGGGUGAGAAAGGUAUCCAGGGUUCGCCGAGACGGGCGCCGACUCGCCAUCGUCCAGUUGCGGUCGAGAAGGUGGAAGAUCAAAGGCCUUUCGGCUGGACGGAUCCGAUUGAGAAACCUAUAUUUCAUAUUCCGGAGGAACCAGGCCACGGCUGGAGCAGAUCACAGAGGAGCAAUUUUUACUACCAUGGAGGUCAAACUAUGAGGGAUGAGCCGUGAAUUAGUAUGCGAAGAAAAAGUAAUAUUAAUGAUAAG